AAAACUUCACUUAAUCACAUCAUUUCCUUCGGAAAUAUGAUCAUUAAAGAAGGAUAUGGCAUCAGUGCAAGAUUCUAUUCGCAAGGAUAUGAAGCACAAAAUGGACCUCUUGAAUCCUUUAACCGGACUUUCUUCCGGUCAGCCAGAGACAGUGAGGGCCAUGGAAGCCACACUGCAUCAACCAUAGCUGGAUCACUUGUACCAAAUGUCAGUUUAUUUGGGAUAGCCAACGGCAUUGCAAGAGGGGGUGCACCUAGUGCGAGGCUUGCCAUCUACAAAGCCUGUUGGUUUAGGCUUUGCAAUGGGGCUGACGUUCUUUCUGCUAUGGAUGAUGCGAUUAGUGAUGGUGUUGAUAUCCUUUCUCUGUCCCUCGGCCCUCGUCCACCACAACCUAUUUACUUUCAAAAUGCUAUCUCAAUUGGAGCAUUCCAUGCAUUCCAGAAAGGAAUUCUGGUUUCUGCCUCAGCUGGAAACUCCUUUUUCCCAGGCACUGCAAUCAAUGUUGCUCCUUGGAUCCUCACCGUUGCUGCAAGUUCCAUCGACAGAGAAUUCAACUCCAAUAUAUAUCUUGGAAAUUCAAAAAUCUUAAAGGGUUUCUCUUUAAACCAUAUGAGAAUGGAAACCUCAUACAGUUUAAUAACUGGGAGUGCUGCAGCUGCCAAAGGAGUUACACCAAAGAAUGCUAGCUUUUGCAAGAAUAAUACCCUAGAUGCUGCCUUAAUCAAGGGGAAGAUUGUUGUAUGCACGACUGAGGCUCUAACCGACAACCGGAGAGAAAAAGGGAUAUUUGUAAGACAGGGUGGUGGUGUUGGGAUUAUACUGAUUGAUCCAAUGGCAAAAGAUAUCGGCUUCCAGUUUGUGAUCCCAGGCACUCUAAUUGGCCAAAAAGAAGCGACAGAGAUACAAGCAUAUAUGGCAACUGAAAAGAGCCCUGUUGCCAGAAUCUACCCCACAAAAACAAUUCUGGGCAGCAAACCUUCACCAGAAAUGGCUGUCUUCUCUUCCAUGGGACCCAACAUUAUAUCUCCAGAUAUUAUUAAGCCUGACAUUUCAGGACCUGGGUUGAACAUUCUGGCCGCAUGGUCUCCAGUUGCUACUGAAUCCACAGCUGAACAAUCAGUCAACUAUAACAUAAUCUCUGGCACUUCCAUGUCUUGUCCUCAUAUUUCUGCAGUUGCAGCAAUCAUUAAAUCUAGCCAACCUUCGUGGAGUCCAGCAGCCAUAAAGUCUGCAAUAAUGACAACAGCUACGGUCCUAGAUAACACAGGAAAUCUGAUUGGGAGAGAUCCAAACAGCUUUGAGACUACACCUUUCGACUAUGGAUCUGGACAUGUGAACCCAAAAGCAGCAGUGAACCCUGGACUAGUAUAUGACUUUGAUUCCAAUGAUGUUAUCAAUUUUCUUUGCAGCACAGGUGCCAGCCCUGCACAGCUAAAAAACCUCACUGGGAACCUAAUUCAUUGCCAAAACCCUCCAAUACCUUCCUAUAAUUUCAACUACCCCUCAAUUGGUGUUGCCCAAAUGAAUGGAAGUUUAUCAAUCAAACGAACGGUUACAUAUUAUGGAGAAGGUCAAACAGUUUAUGCUGCAAAUAUAGAUAAUCCAACAGGAGUUAUGGUUAAAGUUACACCUUCUAAGCUCAAAUUUCUGAAGACUGGUGAGAAGAUGUCCUUCAGGGUUGAUUUCACACCUUACAAGAUCAGUAAUGGAAAUUUUGUCUUCGGGGCUUUGACAUGGAGCAAUGGUAUCCACAACGUCAGAAGUCCUAUUGGUCUCAACGUCCUCUCUGUAUAAGGACAAAUAAUUGACUAUCUUCCUUGGUAUAUUCAUGACUCCCUCAGUCAUGUCCAACUCCAUUACCAUGUUCAGCUCUCUUUCAUUUCUCAAUAUUAUGCUUCUUGUGUUAUCAAGUUCUAAGUAAUUCCUUAAGGAUUAAGUCCAUCUGAUAUGUUCCAAAGAAACAUAUUUUAUUGCA